GCAGCGGUCCACCGGUGCGGAGGCUGCGAUGGGCGAGGCAGAGUGGCUUUGGGCGGUGGCGACGUGCGUAAAGGCGCUACUGAUCCCGACGUACCGCAGCACCGACUUCGAGGUGCACCGCCACUGGUGCGCCCUCACCUCCGCUCUUCCCCUCGCCCGCUGGUACUCCGACGCGUCGGCCCCCUGCUGCCCCCUCGACUACCCCCCGCUCUUCGCCUAUUUCCAACGCAUCCUCGCCCUCCCCGCCACCGCCCUCGGCGGUCACCCCUCCGACCUCCUCCGCCUCUCCCCCUCCUCCCCCUCCUCCGCCCCCCUCCCUGUCCUCAUCUAUCUCCGCGUCUCCGUCGCCGUCACAGACCUCGUCUUCCUCCUAGCCGCCGCCCGCCUCGCCCACCGUCGCCUCCCUCCGGCCAGCCGCCGCCUCGUGCUCGUCCUUCUCCUCUGGUCCCCCGCGCUUCUCAUCGUCGACCACAUCCACUUCCAGUACAAUGGCUACCUCCUCGGCAUCCUCCUCCUCUCCCUUUCCUUCCUGGAGGAGGGGAAGGAUCUCGCCGGGGGACUCGCCUUCGCCGUCCUGAUCUGCUCCAAGCACCUCUUCUUGGUCGCCGCACCCCUGUACUUCGUGUACCUACUUAGGCAUUACUGCAGGGGGGGCUCGUGGGAGGCAUCGAGGAGGUUUCUGACCAUGGGCGCGGCAGUGGGAGCUGUAUUCGCCGCUGCAUUCGGACCAUUCUUGUACUAUGGGCAGAUGCAACAGGUUCUUAGCCGUUUAUUUCCAUUUGGCAGGGGCCUGUGCCAUGCAUACUGGGCUCCAAAUUUUUGGGUAUUUUAUAUACUUCUUGACAAGGUCCUUUCCUUUGUGCUUUUGAAGCUGGGAUUUGAUAUCCCAGCUCCAAAAGCUUCUUUUACUGGUGGACUGGUUGGAAAUUUCUCCCAAUUUGCUGUGCUCCCGCAGGUCACACCAUUGAUAACCUUCUUGCUGGUGAUAUUUGCUAUGUCUCCAUGUCUCAUUAAGGCAUUCCAAAAGCCCCAGCCAAAACACAUAACUAGAUGGGUGGCAUAUGCCUUUACCUGUGGCUUCAUGUUUGGUUGGCAUGUUCAUGAGAAAGCAUCACUUCACUUUACAAUCCCACUUGCUCUAAUUUCAGUGAAUAAUUUGGAUGAUGCAAGACAUUAUUUCUUGUUGUCAAUAGUAUCCUGUUACUCCAUGUUUCCUCUGCUGUUUGACCCCCAGGAGUACCCAAUAAAAGUACUGCUGUUGGCCAUACACUCCAUUCUCAUGUGGAUAGGUUUUUCCUCAUGUUUCAGAGUAGAAGUUGCUCCUGGAGGAACUAAAACCAACAAUUCAAUUGCUUCAAAUGGAAAACAAGGAUUUAUUGGAAAAUUUGGAACAAUAUAUCUUCUGGGAUUGUUGGGUGUGGAAUUAUGGGGUCAGCUGUUGCACCCAUAUAUUUUCGGCAGUAGGCUUCCAUUCCUGCCUCUUAUGUUGAUUUCCAUAUACUGCGCUGCUGGGAUGAUGUACUCUUGGGUAUGGCAGCUCAGGCAGAUCCUCAAAUGCAGCUGAUAUGUAUAUCUUUUUGUUUCUAAACAGACAAGUUUUCAUUGAUAUCAGUUGGCAGAGAAUUUUGAUUAGAAGUUAUUGGAGGAUUUUGGCCAUCAACAAUUUUUAUUUAUUCAGAGAAACCCCCUUCUAGUUGUAUGUUUUUGGACCAAAAAAGGUCAUCUGUAUACAAAGUGGACAGAAAGAAACCUCUAGGGUAUGGAAGGGAUUUCAGCUAAUGUCUCAUGAGCUGCUAUCUGCCAUUUCUACAGCAAUGUUGAUGCAUUACAAGCAGUUAUUUGUUUCAGGAGUUCUGCUAUAAGCAUUGCUGAUUGAUUCUUUUCCUGUUGUCUUAAUAACUCUUAUUAAAGUUUAGCUUGAGAAGUUAAUCUUAGUCCAUUGCUUUCUUGCUCA